GUGGACUUAUAAAGUUACGGAUAAGACAGCAUUUAAAACAAAAUGUUUGUGUAUCUAAUAGCUUUGUGUUUUAUAUCAGGUGGACUGGGAAAACCAGCCGAGGUAUUGUUGGAGUACCAAGACAGCUUGGGCCAGUACAGUUUUGGUUACAGCGCUCCCGGUUCCGCGAGGUCAGAAGUUGGAUCCGCGGAUGGAUCAACUCGCGGUGCAUUCAGCUACGUCGACGGUUCUGGAGUUGUUCAGACUGCCAAGUACACUGCUGAUGGAGAAAAUGGGUUCAGAAUUGAGGCGAGCAACUUGCCAGUUGCCCCGAGUCCUGUUGAAGAAACUCCGGAAGUCCAAGCCGCGAGGCUCGAGCACUUCAGAGCUCACGAGGCGGCAAAACAAAAUCUUAUCGCUGUCGAAGGCCAGAAAAAUGAACCUGCCAAAGACAAAGCUGGUGACGCUGGUGUCAAGAUGAUUAAAGAUGAUAAGAAGGAAGAAAUCAAGAAGGAGAAGAAGGAAAAUAAAGAUAAAGAGAAUUCUUUGUUGCUGAUGAAAUUGAAGGGAAUUUCAGAGAAAGAAGAUAAAAUUCCGGUAGUGACUUCGUCUUUUGUGAUGCCUGCGAGCAAUUUGAAUUUACAGAACCGGAUUGAAUUGAGAGGAGCUGCGGGUUUCUCUGGCACUGCACCCUCAGAUUGGAUGCAUCAAGGUGAAGCAAAAGCCAAUGAAUACUUCAAAGCCUCUCCCCAGCUUCAAUUGCAGACGAGUGCUGCCAGCCAGUCACAAUUCUACCGCGGGUCACCCAUUGUUCAGUACUCAUCAUUUGGAUACCCCAUUUACUACAACCAUCAUGUGCAAUACGUUCCUUCUUUUUAUUACUAUUGAAUGCGAAAAGUAAAUUACUGAUACUAACAAUUGGAAAUAAGUCUAAGCCUGGGUUUUAUUGUAGCUUAUAACCGACUUUUGUGAAAUUUAUUUGAGCAUUGUAA